AUGCCCUCAUCCGCUGCCUCCUCUCCAUCCUUCCAACCUGGCUUCUCCUCUGGAAACAGUACCUCUCCAACUUCCCCUGAAGAUCAAACAGACCCUCUUGCCGAUAUCCGUCUCUUGCUGCAGUACGUUGCUCGUGCGUUCUAUGAAGUCCGCCAAAUCUUGCUUUUUGAUCAACUGAUUCGGAAAGAGGCCAUGAAAGAUGAGGAGCUUGCUAGUCGACUCGGAAUCCAACCAAAAGAAGUCGCCAAAGCUGCUACUCAGCUCGUCCGGGAUCAGCUCGUCUCAACCUACAUGCGUUCCGAGUUGAAGCCUGGAGCGUAUAAAGCCACCCAGCGAACUUACUAUUUCAUUGAUUACAAGCAUUGUGUCGAUGUGGUCAAGUGGCGGAUGUGGAAGAUGAACAAAGUCCUUGACGACAAGCAACGAAAUGUCAUUGACGGUCAAGGAUACGUCUGCCCACGAUGCAAAAAAACUUAUUCGACCCUUGACAUCUCAGGUCUUUCAAUGACCGCUACCAGCUUUCUGUGUGAGAUCUGUUCAACCCCUCUGAAUGAUAACGAAAAUGACAUCGAGGUGCAGAAGAAUAAGGACCGGAUGCAACGCCUCAACUCGCAGACUAUGGCAAUCAAGAAGAGCCUUCAGAAAGCCGAUACGGUCGUUAUACCACCAUUUGAUGUUGCAAAAUGGGUUGCUGUGAACAUUCCCCUGGAAAACGCGGUCGAUUCGUCGGACGGCCUGGCUGUGGCCACUGGUGGUGCCAAGGAAGCCGUUGUGACAGUUCAAUUAGCGGAAGAAGGCGAUUUGGAGGCCAAGAAACUGCUGCAAGAACAGCAGGCCGAGGCCAAGCGCCAAGCGAAUGCACUGCCGGUGUGGAUUGCCCAGAGUACAGUCAGCGGAGAACUGACACGGGCAGGCAUGAAGGACGGGCCGGCGAUGUCCAACAACGAGCAGACCAGCGGGGUCUCUUUCCACGAUCCUUCAGCCGUCGUCCAUUCUCAAUCGACAGGGAACCAGAUCGACGACGUCGAUUACGAUGCCUAUUUCGCUAAGCUAGAGACCCAGAACGGUUUGACGACAUGUUCCUCGGCUGGCUCAAAUGAGUCGAAGCGCUCCCCGACCGAUAGCAAUGCCGGCUGGCUGCCGUCGCCGACCCACUCGCGAGACUCGCCCAUCGGCUCCGGCCACAAACGUCCCCGGAUGGACCAGACUCACUCGUACUACGGCAACUCCACCUACAUCCACCCCCAUGACGAGCGUGCGCACAAGAAAUCGAAGCCCGCUCUGCCGCUCAUUCAGGCCGAUAGCACGCCCCCUGAACACCCUGCCCCCGUUGACGUCAGGACCGUCAUGGUUGCUGGGAAACUAAUACCCUUGCAUGCUGUGACUGACGAAAUGGAGCAGGAAAUGACGGCUGAUGAAUACAGUCAUUACGCUACACUGGUUCUUGAGGCCGAGCUCUAA